CGCACUACGUUGCUACGGUGACGAACUUCGCAUUUAGCAGCCCUUGGAUGGUGGCUUCCACCAAUCAACAAGAGAACCGUUGUGUAGUUAACAACGCGCAGGCAGGCAAGAGCAACCUGCUUGCCCUUGCACCCUAGUCAGUCGACAAGGAGCCAACGGGGCGCCUGGGUGGACCUUUUUCAGUUCGUGGCUCACAGUAGUGUGCAAAACGUGCGUCCAUCAAAAUGAUGUCCAAAGAGGACGAAGAAGCGUUCGAGGCAGGCCUAAGCAAGGUGGAUGAGGUGAUGCGAAUCCUCAACCUAAUGACCAGCGGCGACAAAGCCAAGGAGCAGAUGGGUGUCGCAUUCGCCGACCAAUUUCUUGGCACCGACAGUGCGACGAAGAAAAAGGACGAAACAAAUGUGGAAAACUUUAUCGUGCGCGUAAACCAAGAGCGCACCGUUAUCAACCGCAAAGACGCCGCGGACGAUCCGCCGCUCGUGCAGCCGAUGCAGGACAAGUACGCCUUUAUGGCGGAAAUCGAACGCGACGCGGCAAGACGUGCGACCGAGCGGCGCGAACGGGAGCAGGUAGCCCAGGGGUUAAGGCGGGCCGGCAACCGGGCGUUUCGGCGCGGCGAAUACGAACAGGCGAUCAACAUGUACUCGAAAGCGAUCGAUCAAAUACGCGACAGCCCGAUACUGUACAACAACCGUGCGCUGGCGUACAUACGCAUCGAGCUGUACAAGCGGGCGAUCAUUGACUGUGACUUUGUGCUCAGCAAGCUGGACGAGAAAAACUUGCGGUCGUGGAUUUUCCGCGCCCAAGGAUACUACCGUCUCGGGGAGAUGAAAGCGUACGAGAAAAGUGUGGCCGAAGCGCGGAAGCACAAUCCACGGGAGCUGCCGUACAUCGAUCGGAUAGUGCGCGAAAUUGAGGGUAAAGCGGCCACCGGGGAGGUUGUUGUGGCGGCGGGAGAUGAGCCGAUGAUGGCUGGCGAGCAGUCCGGAGAGAGGGCUGAAGAGGCGGAUCUGACUGCUGGAGCAGUGGCAGCGGUAGAUCAUCGGUUAGCUACGAAGCCUUUGCCCAUGGACGAUGUACAAUCGACGUCUUCCGGAGAGCUGUCGGAAGGCUAGAGGAGUAAAAGCACGGCCGCAGCAGUUGGGUACAUUUACAAUUCUAUCAAGCACGUUUUUGUACAGUAAAAUAAAGCAAUUCCCUGGUAUUGAA